AUGUCACCUUCUACCUCCCUCAAGCUUGAGCCAUUGACUCUGGAAGACAAUGCCGCUCUGACGAACCUAUGGUUCGCGGCGUUUACCGCGCCCGAGCUUCAAAUGGUCUUCCCAAAUACCCCAGGCGUUCGCCAAUGGCUUCAGGAUGCCAACAAGCAUGAUCUGGUCAACAAACCGUUCCAGAAAUACAUCAAAAUCGUUGACAUGGAGAACAAAGACGAGAAUGGCAGACCUCGGAUCGCUGCCUACGCAAAGUGGGAUUUAUCGACACCCGAGGAGCGUGGACGUCGUUAUCCGCCGUGGCACGAAGAGAUGCCCGGGGAGAUGUGCGAAGCGUUUUUCUUGAAAGAGGAGUAUAAUCGAAGCCGUGUGAUGGGCGAUCGGAAGCAUUAUUACUUGGAUACCGUGGCUACGCACCCUGACUAUCAGCGACGAGGAUGUGGCUCCAUGCUUGUUAAGUGGGGCUGUGACUUGGCUGAUGCUGAGGGGGUUAGUGCGUACGUAGAUGCUAGCAAGGACGGUGCCCCUUUGUAUGCGAAGCAUGGAUUUGUGGACUACAGCAAUCCUGGAGAAGAGAUCGCCUCGAUGGCCAGGUUUUGUAAGACUGCUUCAUCUGAGCACCUGGUGGAUCGAUAA